AUGCCGCUGCCGGUGCUGGCGUUGCUUCUACUGUAUUGGAACUGCAGACCCGGGGAUGGCCAGGCCGACCCAUCAGAAAGUGUGAAGUUACGGCUGGUGAAUGGCGGCAGUCGGUGCGCGGGACGACUGGAGAUUCACUACAUGAGACGAUGGGGAACUGUGUAUGAUGAUGGUACAUGGGACCUGGCUGAAGCCGCUGUGGUUUGCCGGGAGCUGGGCUGCGGGGCCGCGCUGGCAGCGCCGAGCAGGGCUCACUUUGGGGAAGGGUCCGGACCCAUUGUGGCGGCGAUUGUUCGCUGCAGCGGGAGCGAGAGUGCUCUACGGGAGUGUACAUCAGCACCAUGGGGUCACUACAACCUUAUCCACGCCUAUGAUGCCGGCGUUGUCUGCACAGGAUCUCGGAAACCCAGGUUGGAGGGAGGAAGUAGUCCCUGUGGAGGGAGGCUGGAGAUCUUCACGAAUGGAACUUGGAGUACAUUGUGUGGAGAUAUGUCCUGGUCAAUACCAACUGGUGAUCGUGUCUGUGAAGAACUGGGCUGUGGGAGCAGAAUAGAAGUUUCCCUCUCAACCCACUUCGGAAAUGGUUCGGGACCUGUUGUUGGUCAGCGUGGGUGUGGACACCAACGGGACGUUGAAAUCAUCUGUUCAGAUUACAAGAAUGUGAGACUCGUAUCUGGGGAUGGUCGAUGCUCCGGACGGAUAGAAAUCCAACAAGGGCCUGCGUGGGGCACGUUGUGCGACGAUCACUUUGAUUUGGAAGACGCUGCUGUUGUGUGUGAACACCUGAAGUGCGGAGUAGUGACGGCAAUCCACAGAAGAGCUCACUUUGGGAAAGGAAGCGGGCAAACCUGGAAACGGAAGUACAUGUGCAGGGGGAACGAGUCACGGCUCUGGGAUUGUCCCAUUUCAUCCGGUCAACCGUUCCGCUGCUCACAUGCAAAUGACGUCGGUGUCACCUGUUCAGCAGACGAGAGUUGGACUCCGCGACUGACGAACGGAGGGAGCCGCUGUGAUGGGACCGUGGAGAUUUAUCACAACAGACGUUGGGGGAGAGUACAGGACAUUCAGUGGGACCUUCAUGACGCCAAUGUGGUCUGCAACGAACUAGACUGCGGUGAAGCGCUGUCUGCUUCUAAUUCUUCACAAUACGGAGAGAGUCACUUGCCUCUCUUUGUCAGUGGAGUUCACUGUAACGGAAACGUGUCGCGGCUCCGGAAGUGCAACUUGACGACAUCCCCCUCAUUUGCCAAUGAUAGCGGCGGGGUUGGGGUUCUGUGUUCAGGUCACAAAAAGUUACGGCUGGCCGACGGAGGGAGUCCGUGUGCGGGACGAGUGGAGGUGUAUUACGCUGGAGUUUGGGGCUCAGUCUGUGACGAUUCAUGGGAUCAGGCUGACGCAGAUGUGGUUUGUAGACAACUAGGUUGCGGGAAUGCCCUGAAGACCAAACGUUCUAGUGAUUGCGGACAAGGCUCAGGGGCGAUUUGGUUGGAUGAAGUGACCUGUGCGGGUGACGAGUCUUUUCUCUGGGACUGUCCCUCAGCACCUUGGGGUGAACACGACUGCGCUCACAAAGAGGACGUGAUGGUCAUGUGUUCGGAGCACAAAGAUAUUCGACUGGUGAACGGAGGCCAUGACUGUGCGGGUCGAGUAGAAGUGUUCUAUAAUGGUUCCUGGGGAACUGUGUGCUCGGUACACGUGACCUCAAUGGAUGCCGUAUUGAUGUGUAAACAGUUGCAAUGCGGACCCCUGCAGCGUAUUCGAUACGGCACUCAGCAAUUCGGAUCGGGAUCGGGUUCCAUUUGGUUCAAUGGAAUGGCGUGUGCGUCGCACGAGUCGACGCUUUGGGAGUGCGCGGCCAACCCGAGUGAUGGUCACGACUGCAGACAUUCGAUGGACACUGGAGUUAUUUGUUCAGAACCCGGACAGGAGUUGCGCCUGGUUGGAGCUGAGAGCAGCUGCUCGGGGAGGGUGGAAAUAUUCACCAAUAACAGCUGGGCCACGGUGUGCGAUGACUCUUGGGACAAGGCGGACGCUCAUGUUGUCUGCAGGCAGUUGCGCUGCGGCCCCGCUCUGUCGGCCCCGGUCGGGGGCGCCUUUGGACAGGGUGACGGGGUGAUCUGGCUGGAUGAGGUGAAAUGCACGGGAAGUGAAUCCUUUCUCUCCGACUGCCUUUCCUCACCGCCGGGUCAGAACGACUGCACUCACAAGGAAGAUGCCGGUGUGGUUUGUUCCGAUCCGGAGUUGUCUCCUCGUGACUAUUCUUCAUCGCGUUCUGGACGAAAGAUCUUCACCAUUCCCGUGAUGGCCUGUGUUGUGUUGGGGGUUCUGUUCGUCUCUGGGUUCGGCGCCUUGUACCUGGUAACGCGGAGGAAGCAAGCAAGAAGAGGCGUUGCCAUUGGCCCAUGGGAUUCCCGCGCUGAUAUGUACCAAGCUGUAUAUGAAGAGAUUGAGGAUAUUCCACGUGGAGAACACAUUGUCCCAGCCGAUGGUUCAGAUUCAUUUCAUGACAGCGACGAUGAUGUAAAAAGUGUGGGCAGUGACGAGCGUGGAGAUAACGUGUCAACGUUGAGUGAAAGUGCCCACAGGGAUCGCUCCAUCUAG